CACCGAACCGAAAUUCGAUGAACGAUCUUGGCGAAUUUCGGAUCUCGUCAUUCCCAGUCAUUUCCCAUCGCGAGGCGCGGCGGCCGCGCGAUGUGGUCACAUCGCGGCGCGACCGCCGUUUGUCGCCUAGAGAAUUUUUCUGCCCGAUGGCUGGCAACCUGGAUAUCGAUUGUCAUUAUUUAUAUCGUACGUUUCCUCUUCAGUCAUCGAUUCACUUUUUACAUUUUACAUUUUUACAGUAAUGAGAGAGUUAAGUUUUCCCCACGGGCGUAUGGUACUUUAAGUUAGCCCCCACAUGUGUGAUCAUAGGUGUUGUUGAAGGGGAGUCGAGUGUGUGAAGAGAAUGACGGAUAGCCAGCAGCAGUUUUGCUUGCGGUGGAAUAACUUUCAGGCGAACAUCACGAGCCAGUUCGAGGCACUGCGAGAUGACGAGGACUUCGUCGACGUUACCUUCGCGUGCGACGGCAGGCGACUCCAGGCGCACAAGGUCGUCCUUUCCGCGUGCAGCCCUUACUUCAAGGAGUUGUUCAAGACAAAUCCUUGCAAACAUCCAAUAAUCUUUAUGCGGGAUGUUGAAUUUGAACAUCUGCAAUCGCUAUUGGAAUUUAUGUACGCCGGGGAGGUAAAUAUCUCGCAGGCCGAAUUACCUACCUUUCUGCGUACUGCUGAAUCUCUUCAAAUUCGUGGCCUCACCGACUCCCAAAGUAACCAGCACAACAACGAAAAGUAUGUGAAGACAAAUAACAUCCACGCAUCGAAUGGCCGUGAUCUGAUCUCGCCAACCUUUGACGACGAACACAGUAAAACUCCACCACCUUCAAGCCCUCCACCACUGAAAAGGCUGUGUAAAAGAAGUGAUUCACCUCCAAUUUCUAGUCCAGUACCCAAUGUGCCGCCUUGUGCUACCAUUGCACCCCGCUCGCGCCCGCUUAUCGAGCCUCAAGUUCAGCUCGAUUAUAAAGAUCUCGACAUCGUUGAGCCAAAAAUAGAAUUACCUGAAUAUGGCAGUGAUGAUGAUGAUUGCUCACCUAAACCGGAAGCUAAUACAUUACCCAGUGGAUUUCUCAGCUUGGAUAGUGGUAUGGAAGUAUUGCCAUCUUAUCCAUCAUCUUAUCAAGAUGUUUUUCUUUUAGGAAACCAGAAUGUGGAAGGAGGAAUACCAGGUCCAUCACACGGGAGCACGGAAGUAAAUCAGGAGCAGCAAGCUGACCCGCGUAAACUGCACUCGCUGGACCCACGCCCCUGUCCUGUGUGCAACCGCAUGUACAGUAACUUGUCCAACCUGCGGCAGCACAUGCGCCUCAUCCACAACCCUCAGAGUGUCACUUGCCCUCUAUGUAACAAGCCAUUCAAGACCAAGCUGUACCUGAAGCGUCACCUGGUCAGUUUCCACGAACUCAGUGUGGCAGACAGGCAACGUCAGGAAGAGAUCUACCAACAUCAAGUUAAGGUUCAGGUCCAGGGACAGGGACAGGGACAGGGACAGGGACAGACGCAGGUUCAGGGAGGAGCUCAGGCUCAAACUCAAACACAAGUUCAGGCUCAAACACAAGCUCAGAUUCAAGCUCAGACUCAGGUGGAUAAUAAGGUGCUUUUAGCGGCUCCAGCACCACCUGCCCGGAACGCUACCGAGGAAGGCGGGGCUAGCGGUGGCGGGAGCACCGCGGAACCAAAGCUCAGAUCGUAUCAGGCACAUGCUGGCGAUAAUGCUUAUUCGGUAGAGGUGACGCAGAUCGGUGAUUCAAAGCAUUUUGCUAGUGGGAUGUUGCAAUUCGAUGCUACGUAUCACUAAUGUACAGGUUUUAUUUAUUUUUUAAUCUAUCGCCCAGUAUCAUUUUGUGAUAUAGUAACAAAUCGAGUUUAUCUUUAUUGUUUAGUGAACUUGUGAUUCAAUAGGAAACGUAUCUCCGUAGUUGACCGACAAGUAGGUAGAAAUAACGUUACGACACAAGGCUGAUUCCGUAUUUAAUAAUCAGACCCUGUGCGCGGCAGAUGCACAGGACAUAACUUAUAAUUUUAAAUCGUUUGAAACAUAUUAUGCGUAUGCAGUUCUUGUCACACGAACACGAGUGGAGGACAAGAAGUCAAAUCUGAUUGACGGUCGCGCACUUCAUUGUUUUCGUCCGUAAUAAGACGCCUAUACAGAUCAUUCGGAUGAUCACUCAUACGAUGAUCGAUACAAUGUAUAUAGGUUUGGGAGACUAGUUUACAUAUAAAGUCCCGUGCCUAUUCAUCGUCAUGAUGAACGCUGAUGAGGGAGAGAACGACUAAAAUGCCGAUGGUGGAGCAGCCAUCCCACCUCGUACUGAUAAUUCUGCAGCCGGAUACUUGUUGUUUUAUUUAAUGCUAUACAGUGUUAUACAGACUACAGAUAUUUACAACAAUAUUAUAUUCUUACAGAGGAUUAUAUUUACUUUAUUAUUGCAACGCAAUGUGCAAUGACAUAGCUCGUACAUGAUAUAUUUUUCACAUGCAUACAUUGCAAUAUACAGCCAAUUGACAGCUCAACAGAGUAAUAAUAUUUAUUAUUAACAGUUAUCAACAAACCGUGAUCGCAAUAAUGCAGCAGAUUGAAUUUAACAAUAUAUAAUAAGAAGGCAAUGUCUCUGCUGGUUUCUUAAUUCUCAGCAUAUAAUGCUUAUAGGAGGGGUUAGUUUAAAAAUAUUUUAAAAGUACUUUAAUAAUACACGUGUUUAUGAGGACGAUUUAAAUAUAUUUUUAUUUCAUUAUAUCUAUAGAAAAAGAGAGAGAGACAAAUUAUUUUUCAAUACAUUUUUAAUCGACUUCUUCGGCAUAUCCUGAUGUUAAGAUAAAUUUUCAAUGUACUGCGUGCUAACUAACGCUAGACUUGAAAACCGCGAGAAUAUUAUUUCAGUCAUAAAUUAUUUUGCUUAGUUUCAAAUUUAUUGCUGUAAAACGACAUUAUAUGUAUUUUAUACAUAAAUUGUAUUUUUUAAAUUAUUUAAUUAUAAUUUUUUUUAAUUAUUAAUUUUCUUUAAAAAAAGUUUUUAGAUAUCUCAAAUGUAGAGAAUAGCAUUGCUUCUGUUCCUUACAAAAAAGCUUUUAAAUGACUUUUUGCAUAAAAUAUUUUUUAAUAAGAUCAUUUAUUUGGAUUUAAUAUUUCUAAUAUGCAUUUUUUAUAUAUUAAUUUGUAUGAAUUUAUAAAAUCUUUAAUUACAUUUAACAUUCCGAUUUAAUAUUACGAAUUCGAUUCCGAUUACUUUCAGUAAUAAGUUUUUUCUAUUACUUGCUUUUCUUUUUAUUUUGAAUGAAAUGUUUAGUUUCAGCUUUCUAUAAGAAUAAACCAGCACAGGUAUUUGCCAUACAAUUCCAUAGCCAUAGUACCACACAGUACAACUCUCAGGAUCUUUUAUAUUAUAUUUUACAGAUGACAAUAGUUCCAUAAGUACGAUUUAUAAUAACGAUUCUAGGAAAUGUGGCAUAGGAUAUAAUUCCCUAGAAUCGUAACUUUUUAAGUCGUACCAUUCAUAUGACAGGCUCCUUACCUCACAUACAAUCAAAUUACUAAACAGAUGCAGCUAUAUAUUAUUAUAUAUUUACAUACAACAAUUUACAAUAGUACUGGGAAGUUGCAACGACUGCAACUAACACAGAUUGCCGAUAUUAUACAAACGGUUUUUAUUAUCUGUUAUUACAUUGGUAAGUGAUUGCAAUGUUUUUUUACAAGUUAAAUGUACUACGAAUGUACAUUCGAGAUUUUUGUUUACGAUAUGAAUGGAUGCCCAGCACAACUGACAAUUAGUACCGAAAUAAGAUUAGAUUAUAAAUGUUGCAUAUCAUAUUAUAAUAUUGUUAUACAUUUGCCAAGCAGUGUUACAUUCAUCAACUCUCAGGCUUUGGAUCAUACAUGAACUUCACAUUCCGCCUAUCGCCAAUACAGAGUAAUGUUUCUCAUAAUGCACUUUCUUAUUUCUCAUGUUAUAUGGUAUAAUCAGUUAUAUAAAUGCAGCCACUGAGUUGUAGAAAAUGUAAUAUCGUUUAUCACAUUUAUUGUUAGCUUUUAGCUUGUUUUCUUUGUACAUUAGUAAUAAGAUUGACAAUUGAUAGUAUUUAUUAGAGUUGUCACAGUAUUCUGAUAUUUGUUUUCAAUAAUUUUAUCUGCUCGAUCCUUUGCCUGAGAUCCAUAUACUAUGUAUAUCAGAGUGAUGUGUUACAGAAUGUCACAUAAUAGUAAGCAUCAUUUGACAGGCCGGACUUCGCUGGGCAUUAAAAACCGGUUACCUAGCUAAUAUCACAAUACAAUUCCGAACACUCAAUGUUAUAAUUGCGAUUAUAUUACGAAUUCAAAUGGUGUGCGAACAUUCCGUAAUUCCGCAACACGGGAGACAGACAAAGAACAUAAACGAGCAACAAGAAAAAACGGAAACGACGGUUUAAUUGAUCAAACGAGCACACUUACAGCUAAUAGAAAACAGAAAAGAACUCCGCGUAGUAUUUUUGGGUCUAACGAUACAACUUACCACAUAUAUAUGUUAAAUGAAAAGGGAUAUUGACGACAUGCACCGUGUCAUACAGAGUAUCUCUUUGUGAUGAAAUACGAACAGUUACUUGCCAUUUUUCCAAAAGAACUCGAUGAGUAGGUACAGAAAGCUCAUUGGAAAAAAAAGUAUCUUUUGUCUGCGAUAAUAAGUUCUAACUUUAUCCUACUGCGAUUUACAGCAUUUGUAUUAUGCGUUGUUAUAACUAUUAUUGCUAUUACGAUAACUACUGCUAUUAUUAUCGCUAUCGAUACUACUACUAUUACUACUACUACUAUUACUACCAUCACUACUACUAUUGCUAUUCUCCUACCACAAGUACUAUCAUUAUUGUCGUUAAUUUCAAACAUUGAUCACAUGUAUACGUCUGGAGAAUAUUUUAUUUUCGGAAAGACAUACUUUGGUUCCCGCGUUGCACGUUCUGGCGUGCAUCGCUUUUCUUGAUCAUAGAAAUCAUUAUCUUUUAGCGCAUUUAAUUAUGUGUUGUAUAUAUGUAAAUUAUUAUGUAAUUUGUAUGCGCGUCACAAAAAAAAAAGAUAACUCGUGUAUUCGAUCGCUAGUUGUUACUAAUAUAGAUGUAGUUAUAGGGAAUAUUACCUUGAUUAAGGGUAGUAUACGGUUUUUCUUUUGAACGACAGAUAUCUCUUUGCGAAGAUCGUUAUGAGAAACUUCACAGUAUCACUUUGAUUUUUUAUUAUUAUUUAUUUUUCAAUUCAAAAUUAAGAAUUCAAUCUAGUCAUUGAAAACGAUAUUUAAUGCCUUUAAUGUCAUUAAUGUCAAUCUGUAUUAUUAUUUGUUGGAAACAUGGUCAUUGCCAGUAUUAAUUCUAGAAUUAAAGUAUCUGUAAUUGAAAAGUAUUAUAUUAUUUUGUUUGGAAAUUACUGUUUGAAAGUAUUUUUUUGAAUGGAAUAUUAUUUUUAACAUUAAAUCUUUCUGAUUAUAUUAGGUAUUUUUUAUUAGUUAUUUUUUAAUUAAUAUAUACGUUAUGCUUUAAGGAAACGAAUCCAGUGUGCAAGAAUACGUAGUACUUAAUAUUUUUAAUUAUAAUCUCGUUGGCAUUAGAUUAUUAUUUCAUUACAAGAUUACGAUUAAAUAAUCGUAUCAUUAAAAUCUUAUUCUUCAAUUUUGUAUUGACGAUAUAUGAGAUUAGUUUAAGUUCUCAGAUGAAAGUUUUUGUAUAGCAAUAACACGCGUGUAUAAAAUGCUAUUGACUUAUUGAGAAAAAGUAUUAAAGAGACUUUUGAAAUUGGAAAAUACAGUGAUGCUACUGCAUACAGAAGAAUGCAUUGUGGUAUCUUCGUUCGAGUGAGAAACCGCAUUUUUUUAUCGCAAUAUAUUCGACAUAAUUUUUUAUGUAAAUUCUGUUUCCGAUCGACAUGUCGGUCUCUUAUGAGCGUACUUUUUCAAAAGUAUAUAAGCUUAAGAUAGAGUUAGAUUUUAGUGCCGGCGAGAAACAAAAGUGUGAAAUUUUCGAUGUAAAUAGCGGCAAUUUUUCCAAUACGAUCCGUAUCGAUGAUACGAAUAUUUCGCUUCUGAAGUAGUCACACGCUAAUAUUUAAGUACGAUAUUUAUUCAAAUCAUGGCAUACCCGAAGUAAGUUAUUCUCUAAGUAUAAACGGGCAGGUCAAUAGCGUCUCGUGCUAUCCCACGUAUAAUUAUAUAUAUAAUGGCAAUCGCAAAAGUAUACAUACGACUGAUUUUCGACGAGUGCGAGUGUGUGUGCGCGCGCGGUAUGUACUGUAUAAGGCGUAUAAAAGUGUAAGAGAAAAAUGGAAGGUGAAGUACAACAUCUUGUACUUUGGCGGAAUUUCUGAGCAGAUAAUUGAUGAGAAAAUUCGUACUGGUUUCGUGUCUCUACGCUAUGUGUGAAGAAAUAAAAUAAUAUCGCGCGUGCGAAAGACGAUCUAUCCGAGUUCUUGAUAGAAACAGCAAAAUCAUAAGGAAAAACAUAAGAAAAUCAAUUUAAUAGUCCAUACAAUUAAAUAACUUAGGUGAUUAUAUCUGCAAACUUGGGUAAUACAAAAUUCUAGUUUAUAACUUGAUAUAAUAUAAGAAUGAGAUCUGUUUAUAUCUUUUUUUAUAGAUAUUUUAUGGCAACAUGAUGAUUAUAAUCCACAUUUAAAAUGAAUACAACUUCAAUGAUUACAGAUAAAUAUGCUCUUGUUGGUUUCUAUCAGGACACGUGCUAGGAGUAGCAAUUUUGUAGCGACAGGACCGAUAGAAUACAAAAAUCGAAGAAGUGCUCUUUUUAGGCUGAGCUGUGUGCUCUACGAAAGUGACUUAGUAUUGGCUUAACGUAAUUGCGACGCGAGUUGACGGAAGAAAAUGCAAAUUCUCUGAUUUAUGCUUCAAGGUAUAGACAUUCGUUUCUUCAAUAAGCAAUUAUCUGGACAGAAUGAGCUCUGCAUCAAAAAAAAAAACUCAAAUUCAUAACGCGACAUUUAUCGAGAGAUGUAUAUUUUACUUUCAGCUAAUGCUCUCGCAAUAUUUUCUCCUUGAGAUUUGAUACGCCACGAUACUUUAUUUAUUAUAACACUGCAUCAUAUUUAACUGACUAGCAGUCGGUGAUGGGCAAGAAGUGGUUUGACAGUUUUGGAUACAUGUGCAGACAGUAUUUUAAGAUUUAUUUUUAUUAGUUUAUAAAAUUGCCAUCAUGUAUCAAUCAAGGAACUAUCAUUAGUGCAACUAUAUACGAUAUUAUAUUGCCCAGUAAUGUAAUUUUCACUUUCAACAACGUGAUAACUACUUUCGAUGAAUUUUACACUGUAUUAUGGAUUACGUGAAGGCGUCGAUAACAAUGUAAAUUACAGACAUAUUUUUUCAGUAAUUUUCUACGGCAUGCUUUUUUAUUAACAUGUUUUGAUUUCAUGCAUUUGCAAGUUUAUUAUCUUGUCGGAGGAUAUUUAGAUAUAGUUACGUAUACACACAAAAACUGUGUAUUCGUGCGCAUGUAUCCGAGGCCCAACACUACAAAGUAGCUUAAGUAUCGUUGAGCUUGCAUCGAGUGCGCUUGCAAUUUACUGCACAUACGCUGCACUUAAUUUGUCGGGAAUUAUCUGGAGCAAGAUUUAAACCAUUGUGCAUGAUGAUGAAUGCCGCGAACGAUUUAAUUUAUUUUCGACAUACCCGGUGAUCGUUGUGACUGUUCGAGAACGAGAUUGCCUCCAUCUCGUUAUUAAUAGCUUUUACGUUAUUUUUAAGCGAUAACAUAAUUGUUAUCUACAGACUGUGAAAGAGACGUAUUUAUUACUUGCGAAACUAAAUAGUAUUAUGUGUUGCCGUCCAUUUCCAUAGUAGGAUAAUUAAUUUAUUUUGGCUACGUAUCUUCCUUGACGCAUUAAUUAUUUAAUUAUGACAGAUUUCGAUAUUAACUUGCAUCAUUAAUGCAUUAUUAAUUUCGAGUUUUAGAGAUACGACCCUAUAAAAGAAAACAAUCGUUUCGCGUAGCAUAAAUUAGAAAAUUUAUAUUCCGAAUACAAAUUGGCGUACAAUUGUUCUUUACUGUCACGUGAAUUAAUUAAGAAAUUAAACAUGGACGAAUAUAAUCAAUUCGAAUCGAGCGCAGAUAUAAAAUUUGCAUGAAAGAAGCACGUAUUAAUUGACUAACGUAAUUGGUCGAUAUUCAUCGCUCGAUUGUUCCUGAUAGAAAACGUUUUCGCCCUGUUAUUUCAAACUGGUAUAAAACUGUUUCGAAAAUGCACAAAUGGUUAAUUAAGAAGAAGGAGAGGAAGCUUGCGAAGGAUCGCGGUAUUGUCAAGCCGCAGCACGUAGAAACCUAUACAUGUAUACACGUGCGUUAAUUUCGCUAUCGACAGGUGCAUCAAGUAGCCAUAGAUCUGUAAUCAAGUGUGCUUUUCUCCUCACCCCUCCCCCAGUUUUGCGACGCAUAGACAACACGCGAGUCUCAUUUAAUUGCGAUAUCGAUCUGCGAUGAGACCAUCGCUGUCAAUAUUCGCUCGACAUGUUGUUUCUCGCAAUUCCCGCAACUACGAUACUAAGCGUAAUCCUAUCAUAAUAGCGAUGUUCCUAUUUUAUGUUCGUGUUUUUGUACGCCCUAUUACUACUAUGACAAAAAAAAAAGAAAAUAUAACGAAACGAAAAAGGAUUAUCUCGGCUACGAAAACAAAUUCGUAUUAUAAUCACGAAUACGAGACUUUCCGUCUGGCUUUAGCGCAGUGUCCCGAUCGUAGCGAUUCGUUCUGUACCCGAAAUUUUGUCAAACGAUACAUUUGAAUAAAGGAAUUCACAUUUGUACGGAA